ACCAGACAUACAUUAUUUUUCACCACAGAUUACAUACAACUCAGAAUGAGAUGACAAAUAACUAAAUAUGAGUUACAAACAACUUCACGACUCUUACAGACAUCUCACAACAACAUAACAGACAACUGAGACAAGUCAUUACAGACAACUCAAAACAAAUACAGACAACUAAUAAACAAAUGACAAACAAUUAAAUAUCAAUUACAGACAUUUAUUUUCCAAAGGGCAAACAACUUCACGACUCUUACAGAAACUACACUUACAAGUUGUCUGGCAGACAGACAAUUCCUUUUAUUUCCCAAAUACAUCAAAAAUCAAGAAAAGAAUAUUUGUUGCUCAUGUUAUUCAAAGCUUCUUGGUAUGCCUUCGUCAUUGUCUUCCCUUGAGAUUGCAUCCGAAAUGGUAACCGGCAUAUGCCCGCAGUUGGCAACUGGCGUAGGGCCGCCGUCGGCAACGUCACCGGUGGAAGAGGAGAUAAGCAGGAGAAGAUCUGAGGUUGAAGGGGGAAAGAUGAUAAAAAUGGGAAGUUUUAAAGAAGGGUAAAGAUAUUGAAAUGGAGAAGAAAGGGGAAGGGAGGGGGGUGCGUGAAAAAGAGGAGAUGGAGAGAGGGAGGAAGAGAGGUGGGGGUGCAAGAGAGAGGGAAGAUGGAAGAAAAAAAGUGAGGGUGAGUUUUUAUAUGGGGUACAAAUGGGAUAUGGUUUGAAGUACCUAUAGCAAAAUUGUUUCGAGCAUAAAACUAGAUUAGACAAGGGUAAAAUUGAAAGAUCAGGCCAUUUUUAUUUAAUCAUUUAAAACGGGGGUUUUGUUUAGCAAACCGAUGGCUGUAUAUAGAACUCUCCAUAAUUUUUUUUGUGCUAUUACCAAAUAGUAUAUUGGGCCUCUUAAAUUUUGGCCCAACUUCACAUUUUGUGAAUGGACUCGGGCUCAAAUUCUAUUUCUUCCUAGAAUUAUUACCACGCGCCUAAAAGGGUAAGAAUUGUAUGAUUUCACAAGCUUCCCCUUCAACUCUGUACUCCUACUCGCCAAUUCACCGUUCUUCAUCAACAUACAUACAUCCAGGUAUUUCCCCGCUUUUACGCUCCAUGUUCAGUCGACAGACUUACCUCCUUCAACUUCCAACCUAUCAAAUAUUAUUAUUCAACAAAAAAUGCUAUCUUGUUUCAACUAUCCUGAUAUAGAAAAAAUUAGUGGAUGUUUUAAUCAUUAAUGAUUUUUAGAUGGGCUAAAUUGGAAAUCUGAAACACGGGAUAUCUUCUUUUAGCCCUAUGAAACGCCACUCUGCAGAUCUUGUUGUCACGUUUCAGAUACGGAGUUGCUUUAUUACAUUCGUGUCAAUUUUGGGAAUUUUUAUUUACAGACCCAUUUGGUUGUAUGCGUUUUGGAAUUUAAAGAUGCGUUUUUUCCCAUUUUUUCUUGAAAUCUUAGGAGUGUCGGGCACAUAUAAUUGUUUUAUUUUGAAUAAUACGUAUUACAGUAUUAAAUCUGCAUCUUUUGUGAGUUUUUCGUUGCUUGGGCAAAAGUAAAUUUCAUGCUGACAAUUGACAUUCUGGAUUGCUGGUACGAAAGAGUAAGCUUUUUUAGUUCAAUUUUAUAGACAUCUUGAGCUGUUUCCACCAUCCAUUCGUUGGGCCAGAAUAUUUCAAGAAGCAUGAGUUUUUCUAUAGGGAACCACAAAAUAGCUAUAAUUAAUUCACUACUGCAAUAGUUAGUUUGAAAUGCUCUGCACAAGUUCCACUUCUCACGGUUCUUUUUAUUGUAAACAAGGAAGCAAUAAAAAACAAGGAAAGUGCCAUUUGUACACGUUUUUGUACCAAUGGUUGAAAUUGUGUGUGUACAUGUUGUGUCUGAAAUGUACAUGGCAUGUACACAAAACGUGUACAGGAAGCAUUGCUGUAAAAACAAAUAUAUAAUAAAUCUCUAGAUACUUCAGUGAAAACCCCCAGUUGCCCGUAUCCUUAUUGAGUCAACAAUGCUAUACUUAGGACUUAGGAGUGAUUCUUUUUCAGUUAGUUUUGGCAGGGAAAUUGGAAAAGAGAACUACAUUACUAUAUCUUGAUAGCUAGAUAAUUCAGUGCUUGUGAUGCACUAAGUCAUGAUUGACUUUCUGACCGAUCUACUUUUCAUUGUUUGUAAAUUUGAGAGCAUGUACUCACUGAAACAAAAUGACCAAUAUGAAGUUUCAAUCUUUUUGGUAAUACUAUUCACGGGUUAUUGUUAUUUGUGUAAUUAUGUUGCAGGGGGGUAUUUAUUUUGUUUACUUUGGGAACAUGCCGAAACAAUAUCCUGUUCUUGAUAACCGUCCCAUUAACAAGUGGAAGGUAGCAGAGCUGAGGGAUGAGCUUAAGAAGCGUAAUUUAGCUGUGAAGGGAUUGAAGGAUGACUUGGUGAAUAGAUUGGAUGAAGCAAUUCAGAAGGAAAGAGAAGCCCUUGAGAUGGAAGAAGAUGACAAGGGUUCUGAAAGUGAAAGUGAGACAAAAAGUAUGUCUUCUGAGUGUGAUAAAAAAGUUAAUGAAGCAGAAGAUACUGUGCCUAAGGAUGAGACCAUGGAUUUACCUAAAGAAACAGACUCUACAAAAGGGAUAUACAAUGAUCAGAGUGGAAAGUCUGUUAGUUCUCCAACGGGAGGUGAAAGUAAAGGUUCAGGGACUCCUUUAGAAACCAUACCUUCUGUUAAUGCAAACGAGGGAAUCCAUGAUGGGAUAGCUUCAACUGAGUCAGUCCCACAAAGAGUGACAGGGGAGGAUGACGUAACCAAAUCUUCCCAUAAUGAUGAUGUGGAAACAAAAAAAGUAUCUUCUGGGCUGGAUUUGUCUCAUUCAAGCACCACCCAAGUACAUGAUGUCAUCUCUAAUAUAGGGUCUCAAGUAGAAUCUGUUACAGGCGAUGCUCAAACUGGAAAUUCUAUUAAUUUUCCAACAGCUGGGGAAAGUAUAGAUUCAGAUGCUCCUUUGGUAAGUGAGGUAACCAUACCUUCAGCUGAUGCUAAUGAGGGAAUCGCUGAUGGGAUGGUUUCAACUGAGUCGGUGCCAUUAGGCAAAGUUGAGGGGGACGAGGUCAUCAAGUCUUCCCAAAAUAAUGAUGUGGAAACAAAAAUAUAUUCUGCCGAACCUGAUUUGUCCCACUCAACCACCACCCAGGUACAUGAGGUCAUCACUAAUUUAGGGUCUCAAGUAAAAUCUGACUCAAUUCCUACUGAUACUUUGCCGAUUUACUUAAAAAAUGAACAUAACUAUGAUUUGAGUCCUGAUAAUAUCAUUUUAGAAAAAGAAAUUGAUAGGUCAGAAAUGGUUCUUCCAUCGUCCAACAAAGACCUCUCAGAUGUUGGCGUAGCUCAUCCAAUGGAUGCAAAAAUGCCAAGUGUGAGUCAUGGUCUUGUUGGAGGAACUGAUGACCAAAAGUCCCCAAAUGUGAACUUUAGCAUGAAAAAUGAAAAUGCAGACCAAUCUUUAGUAGUAGAUGCUCUCAUUAUAGAACAUAAUAAGGCUUCAAAUAGUACUGAGCUGCUGGAAAAGAAGGAAGCAUCUGAAGAAGAAAACAUUGGUGUUGGUGCGUCUACAAAGGAAGCUGAUCUUCAAGGUAUGAUUGUUAUUACCAUUUUUUGGAGUAUCCUAUCCAAAUUGUCUACUUUGUUUGAGUCUAAUAUAUACAAUCUUGUUGUAAACCUCACCCGUGGAGGUGUGCCCAUCCACCUGAUGAUUUGGGACAGCCAUUGUGGAAGUCGGUUUGGGCCCAUUUAUUCACCAUGUUAGUUGUCUAAUCUGAUUUGGGGUGAAAGGAAGUAUUGAAUAUCCCAUGUUGUCGUUGUCUAGUGGGUAUGUGUGUAGUAGAUAAGUAUGGGAUCACCCUUGCCCAGUUUUGGCUUGAGGAUUCAUUUGAAGACAUAGGUAAAAUUUAACAUGAUAUCAAACUCUUGGCUGGUUUUGGGCCUUUUGGCAUGCGGGCUGCUAGCCUAGAUGAUGGUUUGGGGUAGCCCGUCUGGGUCAAUUUGGGCAUGCUCACUCUUAAGAUGUGCAGUCCAGAGGGAUGCAUUGAGCAUCCCACAUCAGGUCACCUUACCCUAUGAGGCUCUUUUUUGGGCAGGUUUGAGUGUUUGACUCAAUUUAACAUUUUUUCCCUCCUCGAGUGUAUCCCUCUACAUCUCUACUGAUGUUUUAUAUUCUAAUGUGUUCUCCAAUCGGUACUAGAUGUUUCCAUCAUAGAACACAACAUGAAUGAGACAGAUUCAAAUAGUACUCAGCUAUUGCAAGGUCUGUCAAAUGAUGGAAAGCUAAAUGAAGAUAAGUUUUCGUGUAAGGAGGAGUCAUCUGAACAAGGAAAAAUUGAUGUGGAUGUGUCUACCAUGGAAACCGAUUCUCAAGAGCUUAAAAUGGAUUGCAAGGCUUCAAACAGCAUCAAACUGCUGGAAGAAGAGCUGUCAAAAGAUAAAAGUGCGAGUGAAGCUUUGUCUUCAUUUCAAGAGAAGGAAUCAUCUGAAGAAGAAAAAAUUGAAGGAGAGAAAAUGGAUGUUGAUGCUUCUACCAUGAAAACCGAUUCUCAAAAGCACACCAUGGAUGAUAAGGCUACAAAUAUUACUGAGAAACUGGAAGGGCUUUCAAAAGGUGGAGGUCUAGCUGAAGAUAACUUUCAGUGUAAAGAGACUGAUUCACCGGGGAAAGAAGAAGUUGAUGUUGCUGCUUCUGUCAAGGAAGCUAAUUUUCAAGCGGAAGGUGAAUCUACUGAUAUUGCGGAAGGAGAUAAUCUUGAAAAAAUAAACCUUGACCAGUCUUCUCCAGAUGAUUCCAUGGACGAGGACAUAGCUGACCCAAAGAACAUUGAUUCUGAGCACAUCUCCUUUGAAUUGUUAGGUAAAAAGACAGAAGAACCCCUUACUAAGAAACCUGAAGUUGAGGUUGAAGGUAGUAUUAAUGCUACAAUGCUUGACAUUUCUUCUGAUGCAUGUCAAGUUUCUCUUGGAGAUCAGAAAAACAUACUAGACUUACCUGACAAGAGAAAAUUUCAAGAUGCAGUGUCAGCAGGAAACAAGGAACCUGCCAAAAGGCAGCGUAAAUGGAACUAUGAGUCUGUAAAGGCAUCUGAACCAAAAAGUCCCAGUGUCUUGCUCCUCACACCCAAGCAAAUCUCCGAGCCAAAUAUAUCUGGCAGUGGCUCUGUGGUCAAGGCUGAUUCCCCAAUGGAGCGCAUUGUUCCAGAGUCAUCAAGAGUGCCUACCGAUUCUCUCAGAAUUAAUAACUUUCUGAGGCCUUUCACAGUGAAAGCUGUGCAAGAGCUUUUAGGGAAAACUGGGAACGUUUGCAGCUUCUGGAUGGACAAUAUCAAGACCCAUUGCUAUGUCACGUUUUCUUCCGUGGAGGAAGCUAUAGAGACUAGAAAGGCGGUUUAUGGCCUUCAAUGGCCCACAUAUGGAGGUCGUUGCCUGAUUGCCGAUUUUGUGGACCCACAGUAUGUGAAGGCACAGCUUGCGGCUGGCCCUUCCAACCCAACUGCUCCUCCAGUAAGCAGCACUCCAGCAAUCCCCUCCCCAGUCCAAACUUUGCCUCAGCCUGCCUUGCCACCAGCCAGGCAACCGAGUGGUCCCUGGGAGCAAGUUGAAAGACCCCAUCCGCUCUCCCGACAGCCACCUGCUCAUGACCACCGGUCCACAAUGAAAGAGAGGGUUGCUAGACCGCCUUCACCUGCUGCUCCCAAAACAGAAACACCGCCCAUGCCUACUUUGGAUGACCUGUUUAGGAAAACGAAAGCCACCCCUCGGAUAUACUAUCUACCACUGACAGAUGAACAAGUAUCCGUAAAGCUCAACACACAAAAGGAAAGCAAGUAGCUUUUGCAUUUGGAGAGUCAAGCGGGUAACUUGUAUGCAAUAAAAUCACCAUUAGGUGGAGGGCUUAAAAUGUAAUCCAAAAUAGAUUGCCUAUUUGUGAUUAUUCUUAUUAUUAGACUAAUAGUAGGCAUAGUGUUAGAAGUUUUGGUUUUUAGUUUUGACUUCUGAACUUCAUGGAACCACAUACUAUUUGGUUUUGGUGGUUUAAACCUAUGCUUACUUGACAUUCUUCUUAUUACUGUGAUAGUGUGAUAUAUUAAGAAACAAUUAGCAGCAAUAUGUUUGGAACUAUAUUACCAGUGUACAACUAUGAUCGAAGUUCCUUGGCAUAUGCGACGUAUAGAAU